GGAAGUCACUGUCACUGCAUUGCAGUCUUGGUGUCUUGGCAGCCCAUAGCAGUAUUCCUCCCAUUAACCUGUACUCACCAGCUCAUGGGGUAAGAUCAACAUGACAUAAAUCUACUGGUAUAGCAUCACUCUACCUUUAACCAUUUAUAUAUCACUGGCAUUCACUGUAUUCCUCUUAUAUUUAAUCUUCAUAUGUUAAUUUGUGCAACUGAAACCAGUGAAUACAUGAUAUUAUUCUCAGCAAACAAGACUGGACAUCAGUGUGUUAAGGUGGAUUACAGAUAUUUUUUUUUUUUUACGAUAUUUUUACGAUAAAUAAUAAUAAUGUUUCCGGGGUAUAGAUUGCACAUGGUCAUAGUGUGAGAUUUUCUCAAGAUCCCAUAAAGAAAAACGUAUAAAUAUCACAAACCAUUGUGUAAGCUUUUCACAAGAUCCCAGUAUAAGGACAAUAAACUGUCACAAGUGAUAAUGUGAGCUUUUAGCAAGAUCCCCAAAAGAGACUUUAAACUGUCACAAGUUAUAAUGUAAGCUUUUCAGAUGAUCAAACAGGAGAACUUAGACUGUCACAAGCCAGGGUGUUAACUUUUCACAAGAUUAGACAGAGGAAUAUGAAUACUGUCACAAGCAUUUCUUCAUUUCCGAUUAAAUUAUCUUCCAAAUGCUUCCAGCUAUAGUGUGAUUCGCCCCUCCUCCUCCCCCCAAGAUCCCAUAAGAGACUUCAGACUGUCACAAGCAAUGAUAAUGUGAGAAUUUCACAAGAUUACACAGAAAAGAAUUCAUACUGACACAAGUCAAAGCGUGAGCUUUUAACUCCCAUAAAGAAAAACAUCCAUUUAUCAUAAUCAAAAAGUAUGAGCUUUUAACAAAAUUUCAUAGAAGAGGUUUAAGUCGCAAGCCUUAGUGUAUAAAAGGGGGAGGGGGCAGCGCCUUGGUAAAGUCAUCAGAUCCAUGCUGAUAUAAAAUGUUAGAAAGUGGACAAAAAAAAACCAAUAUAUAUAUAUAUAUAUUGCAGCAAAUUAGUAUAUUGAUUGUAGGAAAAAAUGGAAUUGCACUUACAAUGAUACUCCUUGGCGGUUUAGUCCCCGCCUGUGGAUAUGAACUUGGUCCAUAAGGGGUAGUCCAGGUAUAUAGAAAUAAAGCAAAUAGUCACCCUAGUAUGUCAGGUAUCUUAGCUUUGCGUUAAUAUAUACAAAGUGCCCACUCUCAUUUAUUGGAGCCUUCUGAUGGCUCCUAGUGCAAAGCGUAGAGUGGAAAGAUCCCCACUCUUGAAUAUAUUUAGGUUAAAAUCCACACCGUGGUGUAUAUUAAAAAAAUAAAAAUUAAAUAUAGUGCUCUCUGUGUGAUGAAAUAAAAUAAAAGGAGAUGUGCUCACUGGCUUAAAUCAAAAAGUGUUUUUGGUCAAUCUAAAAGGCAUAGGUGGAAUAUUGCCCACCAAAGGAAAAUGAUGUCCAAAUGUCAGUAUGAUAACAGGAAGUUCCAAGGGUAGUAAAAAUACACUUAUAUAUACUUUAUUGAGAAAUUGUUAUACAAACAAUAAAAAUAGAAUGAAGUAACAGACUAACAUGUUACAGAUGCGUAACAGUCUAACGCAUUCCACAAGAUAGCCAGCAAAGGCUAACAGAAAUGUUUUCAAAGUUUUUGUGUUAUCCUUUGCUGGCUAUCUUGUGGAAUUUGUUCUACUGUAGGCAUCGUGGUUCUCAAGGAUGAGAUUUAGAGGGUGGAAAGCACAUACCAAUACAUUUCGUGAGUUUGGAGAUAUAUAUUUUUUAUUUUAAGCAUUCUUUAUUUAUGUACAGGCAUGCAAGCACAAAAGCUAUGUUCAGGAGCGGUGGGACCUGACUGCCAUGCUGAUCAGUCAGAGUUCUGCAAGAAACAACUGAAAAUCUUGCUUUUGGAAGCUUUAUCACUUGCAGUAACAUAAUAUUUCUGUCUAUAAGUCACCUGGCAGUCUUGAUGGCAUCUGAUUAUGCUUUUCUGAGGCAGCUCGACUGAUGCUUGGAUGAUUUUGAGAGAAGCAGACCUGCAGCCUACAAGUGGCUGAUUCCUUUACCGGUUAUCUGCAGCCUGUGUCUACUAACAGGGUCUGGUUCUUCACCAUCUUCCCCUCUCCCUGGUUAUCCCAGAAGCAAUCAGAUUAUUAUGGCUAGGAACACAGCUCAAAACAAGACAAGUGUGCCCUGUCUUGCCCAAACUGGCAGACGCUGUAUUAUUACUCGACACCAAGGGCCAGCAGUCUUCUACUCUGGCCAAACUAGACCAGUUGUUUGCACAUUAUUGGGCCAAGCCAAGCCUCUGACUACAGUUCCUUCAACUAGGAAUGAUGCCCAUGCCUCCGAGUGUCUCUCUCCCCCAGGCAGGGCAUAUCUAUGAGAGGGCACUUACUCAUACUUCCUCACGAUGCUGUAGGCCUCGUAUCCAAGGUCUUGCAUGCAAGUGAAUGAUGGAGAUCUCUCUCACUGCUACCUAUGUUCCAGAAGGCAGAGGUUAAUGCCUUACCCGAAGUCUGGAGUUCACGAUCUGCUGCUGUGGAUACUGCAACCCGCCAGGCUUUUUGUCUGGACUCCCGCUUGCAUACAGACUUCUGGCUGUAUGUAGUAAUAUGGACUUUUGCUCAGCUUUUUUCUUUAUAAUUUCCUACAUUUGACAGGCAUCAAUUAGGAAUCUUCAACCAGUGCAUGUGUUAUCCUUUAUUUCCUUUUCAUUAAUCCUCUAGCAAUGUGUUUUCUUUGUCUUUAUUUUAUUAUAUUCUUUUAAAAAUGGGCAAUCAUUUGUAACUUACUAAGACGGAUAUUGUUAUUCUUACAUGUUGUAUCUUUUACCUCUAUAUUUGUUAUCGACUAAUAUUUCGACCUUAUCUGUAGAUUUUCAUUGCACGUCCAAAAAAAACCAACAUUUUGGUCAGUACAAUUUUCUAAAAAGUCAUGCAGAUUUGCAGAUUUUACAGUUUUGAAUUAAGAGAAUUGAUGAUUCUAUAGAAAUUACUUGUUUUGUCAGUGUAUUUAUAAAAUGCUAACAUAUGCCCUGAUUUAAUAAGCAUUUUUACAUAAACUUAAAAUUAUAUAUUUUGAAAAAUAUAAUUUUUUAUACAUUGAUUUUUUUUGUAUAUAUGAUAUUCUAUUAUAUUUUAAUAGUUUGGGGGGGAGGGGAAAUUAAAAGUUUAUCCAAAAAUAUUCAAAAUUUUGAAAAGUUUAUCCAAAAUAUUAAAUCGAGGCCAUAAUCAGGAUUAAACAUACAGCAGUAGUUCUAACUAUUUGUCUUUGUGAUUUUGUGCCACUUACUUUGAUUGUACUGGCAUAGCUAUCAUAUUCGUGCUGCUAAUUUCUCUAUGGAAAUUCCAUACAGGAGGAAGCCUUUGGAAUGUGACGUAUACAUGACAAGUUCAUGGCAACACACAAGGUGAGGCAGGUUGAGUGAGGUUCAUUAUUAUUAAGACUGUCACAUAAAGUACACAGUGACAUGAAAAUGACUGUAAUUACUUUGUAAUGAUAGCACAAUAUGAGUGAACUAGAUGUAAUUAAUAGUAUUAGAGCGCUCUCUACUGGGUUGAAGGAGAAAUAAUCUAAGGGACAAUUGUUUUACCAUUGAUAUUGAGAUCUGAGAUGAUGCAAAGUUUAAGGGACAUUCCAAGCACCAAAAAAACUUAAUCUAACUUAAGUUGUUAUGGUGCCACAAGGCCCCUAGAGCAACUCUUACCUUGAGAAUGGUUAAACCCCAAAGUUGCCUCCAGAGGCGAUUUCCACUCCUCCACCGGCGGCAUCUGGCUUCAACAUUUUCAGAUUCAGAAGGCGCGGAUUGCCGCUGGGCAGGGGCGCUGGUGAUUGGCUGAGAGCGGCCAGCUGAAGGUCUCGGCCAAUCAGUGACUCCCUAUUCACUAAACUGACUUCUAAAGAAACAUGCUUUUCUCAAGCUCAGCCAAUCAGCGUUCAAUAAAUUGAACUUUAAUCACUCACAGGGUACUCCUGCAGGGUCUAGCAGGCUAUUAACAGAGCAGGAGAUAAUAAAUUCUAUAUUAAAUAUACUGUGCAAUAAACAAAGUUUAAACAGUAGAUCUCACUUUACAGGAAGUGUUUAGGAAGGCUGUGUAAGUCACAUGCAGGAAGGUGUGACUAGGGCAUAAACAAAGUUAUUAAACUCCUAAAUGGCAGAAAAUUGAGCAGUUAGACUGCAGGGUCAUGAGCUAUCCAUCAAAACUGCUCCAUUAAGCUAAAGUUGUUUUGGUGACUAUAGUGUCCCUUUAAGUAGAAAAACAUAGAUUUCUCAUGGAUACCAACAUUUUAAUAGAGAUGUAAAUGAUAAACAAUAUAAGAUUGAGACAGCCACUGUGGGAGAAUUGUAAGAGCAGUUAUCUUUUCUUUGGUUUGUACUUAAGUGUAUUUUUGUUUUGUCUGUUUUAGAGGGCAGAGACCUUGAUGGAUUCGGUGUGUGAAGAUAUGGAAGAAAAGCCUGAACCAUAUUUUAGUUUCGGAAUCAUUGCUGAUAUUCAGUAUGCCGACAUAGACAAUGGUUACAACUUUAUGAAGACCAGGAUGAGAUAUUACAGAAACAGCCUGACUCUCCUAAAAGAAGCCGUUCAGGAGUGGGAUUCGGAAAGCACCAAACCUAAAUUCAUCCUCCAACUUGGUGAUAUCAUUGAUGGCUUUAACGUUCCCCAGAAAACGUCCGACACAUCGCUUGCUAUAAUACUGGCAGAAAUGGAAAAACUGAAGAUCCCUUUCCAUCACAUUUGGGGGAACCACGAAUUCUACAAUUUCAAGAGAAAAUAUUUAAUGGAAUCUAAACUGAACUCUAAACCAUUAGAAGAUGAAAUUGGUCAAUUGACCAUAAAUGAAGAUACCAGCGAGACCAGAAGUGACCAGGAAUCUUUUUAUGGCUAUCAUUUUAGUCCUUAUCCCGGAUUUCGAUUCCUCUUAAUUGAUUGUUAUGACCUCAGCGUCAUCGGUAGAGAUACAAUGAGUAUCAAAUAUGGGAUGUCGUUAAAACUCCUCAAGGAAAAGAAUCCCAAUGAGGAUUUGAACAGCCCUAGAGGUAUGGGAUAGUUUUUUAAAAGAAAUGGGCAAUAGGUUGGAGUAACUGCUCUUUCAGAUAUUAAAUGUCUCUGAAUGUAACACAUCUCAAAGGGGAACCAUCACACAUACCAGUUUUUCUAAUAUUAUGUUUACUUGUCCCCUAUAUUUAGCAAAUAAGUGUUUGUGAAGUCUGAAAAAUAAAAUGAAAUGUAACAAUUUACACUUCAGUAUAUACUUAAAUCCUGUAACUGGCGCCUCCAUCUUGGCUACCUGUCAAUCCUCACUUUCUUGCCCGUAAUUAUAGUUAAAGGAACACUAUAGGGUCAGGAACACAAACCUUUAUACCUGAUCCUAUAGUGUUAAAACAACCAUCUAGCCCCCCAUGCCUCUCCUCUUGCCCCUUAAAUAUAGUAAAAUCUUAAUUUUGUUCAGGUCUGCAGCUGUUGGCUCUGCCCCUGAUCUGUCUGCUUGGCUGACAUCAUCAAAAGUGUUGUUCUGAGCCAAUCACAAUGCUUUCCCAUAGGAUUGGCUGAGACUUUUAAGGAGGCAGAUCAGAGGCAGAGCCAAACACAGCCCUGCCCAACCUGCAUCCCCUCAUAGAGAUACAUUUGUCAUGGCCCCCGGCUUGCGGCUGCAGAUGUUCGCACCCGAUCGGUGCGACAACACUGACAGGUUUAAGAGCUUACCUGUUCAGCAGCAAGCCGACCCGCUGGGGCGUCCGUUCCCAUUUGUAGCUCUGCCUCCAAAGGUCACACGAACGUGCGUGUGACGUCACGACAGCGAGGCACAUGCACGUUCUGGUGUCAGAGGCCAAGCCCUGACCAAUCACAGCCCAAGGAGGGAUAUUUAAACCCCUGAAUUUCCCUAGUUCAUUGCCCUGUCAUGGUUUCUUCUCCUGGUUCCUGAGAGUGCAUUUUCUUGUCCUUGUUAUUGAUAUUCCCGGUAUUCUGACUUUGGCUAUUCCUGACUAUUCUGAUCCAUGGUUUCCCUGACUUGGCUUUCUUAUCGAUCUUGUGUAUUUCUGGCUUCCUUGACCUCGGCUUUCCCUUGACCAUGCUCUGUCUUUCAACGUAUUAGUCUGGCCAUUCUAAGGACCGGUUUACGUUCUGUCUAUUUUUCUAUUCUAUUCAGAUGUUAUAUAGUUUUGCGUGUUGGAUCACAGUCGUUGUGACAGCAUUGAAUCAAUACAUCUCUAUGAGGAAAGUUCAGUGUCUCCAUGCAGAGAGUGGAGACACUGAAUGCCAGUGCUGCACAGUGCAGCACUGCCCCAAGAAGCACGUCUAGUAACCAUCUGAGCAUAGAAACAUAGAAUGUGACGGCAGAUAAGAACCAUUCGGCCCAUCUAGAGCAGUGGCCAGUGGGGGUAUUCCUAGGCAGUAAUGUAAACACUGCAUUUUCUCUUAAAAAAGCCUGAAGGGAAUGAUUCUACUCACCAGAACAAAUACAAUAAGCAGUGGAAUGGAAGAGUUUAAACAGAAUAUUUCUGCUUUCCUCCUCAUUUACAUCAUCUGCCUUGGCUGUGCCUGGAUUGAACUGCAUUGUGAUGUAACUUGCUAAAUAUAUUAAUAUACAUUUAAAAUAAAACAGAGAUUCAUAAGAAAAAAAAAGUUGGCCUAUGGACGUGAGUUUAGAAGGAAAUUUCUUUCAGGGUUAUUCAUUAAACUUCACGCUUUGCUGACAUACGGGAGUGUCCACUUGGGUAUUUGGGAGAAAUACAGCCUUUAUUUUUGUCAAAACACAAUGUAGCCCCGGUGCUACUUUUUCUAUAGUUUUUUUUUUUUUUUUACAUGAAAUCAUACAUUUACCAUGCUUCUCAUUGUAAAGGGGAGUUUUAUAUUUCAUAUUUAGUGUGGAUUUAUUUUGUUUUUAUGCUUUUCUCUGUUAUAGGACUAGAAGAAGAGCAGUUUGUACAAUUUAAUGGCGGCGUCAGUGGGGCUCAGUUAAACUGGAUCAAUAGCGUGCUUGCAUCUUCAGAUGAACAAGACGAGAAAGUGGUGGUCAUCGGUAUGUAGGGGUUUAAGUUUAGAAUAUCUCAAUGGACAUGUAUUUUAUAGAUUGCUCCUUUUUUAUUAUAUUGAUGCAAAUGGCUGACAUUUUCUGAAAAUAGAUUUUGUUUACUGCCACUCCUAAACCCGUUUUGUUUUGCUCUUUAAAGGGACACUUUAGUUACCAGAAUUACUACAGCUUAUUGUAUUUGUUCUGGUGAGUAGAAUCAUUCACGUCAGGCUCUUUGCAGUAAACACUGUAUGUUCAGACAAAACAUUUACAUUACAGCCCAUGGAUAUCUCCACUAGCCACUCCUUAGAUGGCUUCCUAGGGCAGUGCUGCACACUGUGCAGUACUGCCAUUCAGUGUAUCCACUCUCUGCAUGCAGACACUGAGCUUUCCUUAAAGAGAUGCAUUGAUUCAAUGUAUUUCUACGAGGAGAUGUUGAUUGGCCAGGGCUUUGUUUGAUUUGUGCUGGCUCUGCCCCUGAUCUGCCUCCUUUACAGUCUCAGCCAAUCCUAUAUGAAAGCAUUGUGAUUGGCUCAGACCACCAGAUCUGAUGAUGUCAUCAGACAGCAGGCAGUUCAAAAGCAGCAGCUUCAGACUUUAAUACAAGUAAGAUUUUACUACAUUUAGGGAGGCAAAAGGGACCAGGGGGGCUAGAUGGUGGCCCUUUAAUAUGAAAUGAACUUUGCAAUCUACUGAUACAAUAUAUAGGAGCUCCAGUCUACAACAAAACAUGUCUACAUUGUAGUUUGCUGGCUGUGCCUUACUUGUAUUAGACUGUAGUGUAGAUAGAAACUUUAGCCUCUCUAAAUAUACCCAUUCUGUGUGCUUCUUGUUCAAUGUCAAUAGAAGCUAAUUACUACAACAUUAUAGUCGCUUUUUCUGCUUGUCACAUGACUGAUUGGAGCUGUGAAUUGAAACAAACUUAUGUAAUACUUUUGACACUUCUGUUUACGUAUAUUAUAAUACCAUUACUUUAUUUAACUCUUUUUUCCCCCCCGUACAGGUCACCUCCCCAUCCAUCUAGACUCCACAGAUGCUAUUUGUUUGGCCUGGAAUUACAAGGAGAUUUUGUCAGCGUUACAAUCCCACCCCUGCGUAAUUGGAUAUUUUGCAGGACACGACCAUGACGGAGGGUACUCUGUGGAUGCUAGCGGAAUACACCAUAUAACUUUCAAAGGGGUUAUAGAAACACCUCCCGAGAAUCAGGCCUUUGGGACGAUGUAUAUGUACGAAGAUAAAAUGGUUUUAAAAGGACGAGGUCUGGUUUUAAGCAAAACUUUACAUUAUAGAAAUGGCAGAAAGGAGGAACCUGUGCAUUAAUUUUAUUUGUAGUUAAUUGAGUGAAUUCUUGACAAUCCAUUUAUAGAAACAGAGAAUUACAGAAACUUGUAGGUUUAUACAGGUACUAACAGACAUGAGGCAGGGCUGCUUUCUGGAACUAUCGUAUUAUAACUCUAACACGUUAAACAGCAAAGGUUAUACAUACACACAAACCUGAACAGAAAGACGUUAUUGCUGUAGAAGCCAUAACAAGAGAUGCAAGUCAUCACAUGUUCUGGCUCAAAGAGCUCUCUCCAAGAAUGUCUUGAGUGUAAUUAAAAUAAUUUAAACGUCUGUUAUUCAUAGAGCUGACUCCGUCCCCUUACUCCCAGAAUCCUUUGAGGGUGGGGGGUGAGCCAAGAGCCAAAAAUUGCAGCGAAUUAACUAUGCGUGUAUCUGGAUUAUUUUGUUUUAUUAAACACAAUCUCAAGAAUUUUAUUUACAAAUGAAAUUACUUUUUUGUCAUUCUGGCAAUGAUCCUAAAAAAUGUUUUUUUUUAUACAUAGAUCUCAUACAGUGCAACUUUUGUAGGAACAUUGCUGGUUAAGUGUUAAUGUAUUGUCACGGUACCUGUGGCGUCAGGACUUUUGUUGUUCUUGCCCUCUGAUAUAUUAAUUCACACCUUUUAAAAUUGUAUUUAUAUCGACUCAUUUCACUCCUUUACUGCCUCUUUUUCCAGACAUGUAACGUAACAGCGCCAGUUUACAUUCAGCAUUAUAACCCUAUCGUAUAAACCAGGGAAUGACAAAUAACACUCAAAAUAUUACUUAGUUAAUUAAUUUUUAAGGUGUAUUGUCAUAAUGUAGGAUAACUAAUUG